AUGGCUGAUCAAAUAUUAUUAUCCAAAGCUCGUAAAGCUAGAUUCGAUGAUUUACCAAAAUUUUCCGGGCAUCCUUCUGAGGAUGUCGAACGAUUUUUGAAAAGCAUUACCAACUUGACCAAAGCUAAUGACGAAUCCAGUACACCUGAAGUCUUAGAAAUUGUUCGUGGCAAAUUAACUCUAUCGGCUGGUAAAUGGUUCGAUGAUAACGAAUCUAAAUUCAAGAAAUGGUCAGAUUUCGAAACUGCAUUUCGAAAUCGAUAUUUUCCUACAACAUUAACUCAUAGGAAAUUUGAUGCAUUAAAACAACGCAGACAACUACCCGACGAACCAAUUACAUCCUACUUCGAUGAUAUCGUUAAUCUAUGUCAAGAAAUUGAUUUAAAUAUGUCUGAACAAAUCAUCAUUCAAUACUUAAUGAGUGGCAUUAAUCCUGAUUUUAAAAAGGAACUCUCUCGACGUGUAUUAUCAAUAACUACAUUAAAUGAAUUCUUAAAAUUUGCAAAGAUCGAACAGGAUCUAUAUGACACUUUUGAAAAGUCUCAACACUCAUCAUCAAUUGAAUUUCAACAACCUUAUUUUGAUAAUAAUCGUUCAUCCACUCCGUCAUUAACCGCAACGAUUAAUAAAUUCGAUCAACAUUAUCAUUAUAUAAAACACAAUGAUCGUCGUUCAUAUCCUAUAUCAACACAGAGCUCCGUCUCACGACAGAACUCGAUUCCUCAUUCUGGAAAUCGAUCAACAAUGGUGGAAAAUAAACAAAUUCUUUAUGAUUCUCAACCAUUUACGUAUAAACAGAAACCGAUCAAUCGUCAACAAACAUUACAAAAUAGAUUUUCGAAUUGCAAUGAUUGGAUUAAUUCAAAUCAAGUUCACCUUUUUGGUGAUCAACAACGUUUAACAAUUCCUGAUCAACAUCAUCAACUAAUUUCAAUUCCAUACAUGGAACCUAUGUGUACUCAUUAUUCCGCACGAUUAGCUAAUCGAAUUACACUUUCUCCCAACUCACAAAUGUUCGUUGACGUUAAAUCACAAAUUUAUAAUGCAACAAAUUUAAUAUUUGAACCAUAUGGACGUCAUGCAUCGAAACUUAUUUUUAUUCCACAUGCCUUAUUAAAUAUUCACAAUCAUACAUCAAAAGUCUUGCUGAUAAAUGCUCAAAAUCAUUCACAAACAUUAUCAAGAAAUACACGAAUCGGAACUCUUUCUCGUGAUGCAACAUUUUCAAUAUUUACAACAACACAACAUCCAGUUGAACGUAAAUCGUUCUCAAAUAAACAUAAUCACUUCACAUCUCAAUAUUCUCGAAAUACAAGCACCGGAGCUGUCUCAUAUAAUGACAACAACUCGAAUCGAAUUACAUUAGAUACUCAUUGUCAUGAAUGCAAUGAAUAUUUCUUAUCCGGUAAUGAUUUACAAAAGCAUCUACGAGCACAAUGUUAUUCGGAACAAAUUCGAAAACAAAUAAACGAAUCAACUGCACAUAUAGAAAAUCCUAAACAUCGAUCACAAAUUCAAGAUAUACUAUGGCGAAAUAAAAUAUUAUUCGACCCAACACCAUCGAUUAUUAACAUUCCUCCACAAUCUGCUAUUAAAACUGGUGAACAUCCACCUAUAUAUUCGAAACAAUACUCCGCAUCACAUAAUGAUCAACAACUGAAACUUCAAGAAACACAAAAGUUGUUAGAACGUGGUCAAAUUGAAGAAUCAACAUCUCCAUGGUCAUCACCUAUUGUUCUCGUUAAGAAGAAAGAUAAAACCAUACGAUUUUGCAUAGAUUAUCGUCGACUAAAUGCAAUUACAAUCAAAGAUGCAUUUCCACUUCCUCGUAUCGACGAAAUAUUUGAUCAAUUAACUGACGCAAUAUAUUAUACAAAAUUUGACUUUAAAUCUGGAUACUUUCAGGUCCCUCUAUCUAAAGAGGACCGUCCGAAAACUGCUUUUUCAACCCAGAACAAUCAUUAUCAAUUUACCGUGCUCCCACAAGGAAUAACCAAUGGUCCCGCAUCAUUUCAACGCAUUAUUAAUCAUAUAUUAGGACCUACAAGAUGGAAAUAUGCAUUAGCAUAUAUUGAUGAUGUAAUUAUAUAUUCCAAAACCUUUGAAGAACAUUUAAUCCAUCUUAAUGAAAUUUGUCAAACAUUACGACAAGCUCGUUUCCGUCUUAAUCCAGAUAAAUGUGAAAUUGCUCGAACGCAAACAGAUUAUCUUGGUCAUCGUAUUCAACAUGGUGAAAUUCGUCCAAGCUCUACUAACAUCAAUGGUUUAUUAAAUACGAAAUUACCACAAACUCCAGAUGAAGCUUGCAAAUUUGUCAAAGCUGCCGAAUAUUAUAGAAAAUUUAUACCAAAUUUUUCUCAAAUCGCCGAACCACUUAGAAAAUUCGUACCAACUACUAGAACUCAACAAAAGAAAGGACAAAAAACUUUCAUUACAUUAACAAAUGAAGAAAUUAAAGCAUAUGAACAACUCAAGCAUCUCCUUACAACGGAUUUAGUAUUACGUCUUCCAAAUAAUAGAUUCCCUUUUAAAGUACAAACAGAUGCUUCUGAUGAGGGAAUCGGUGCUGUUUUAUUACAAAUAUAUCCAGAAGGAGAUAGACCUGUUGCAUAUAUUUCCAAGAAAUUUACUCAAGCACAACGUAAAUGGUCUCCGAUGGAACAAGAAUGUUAUGCUUUUAUUUGUGCAUUAGAAAAAUGGCAUAAUUAUUUAAGUGGAAUUAAAUUCACAUGGGAAACCGAUCAUAAAGCUUUAACACAAUUGAAUAAAAAAGCUCAACUCAAUAAACGAUGCGAAAGAUGGAGAUUAAAAAUUUUGGAAUACGAUUUCCAGGUGAAAUAUAUUCCAGGUUCAACAAAUUCAAUGCCUGAUUAUUUAUCAAGAUCUCCCGUAGACGAUGCUGAAGAAGACCCAGAUGAAGUUACCCUUACUACUUCUCAAUCAACUCAAACAGAUAUUUUAUUUAAUAACACCCAUUCACCUAUCAUCGCAGCUGUUGAAACUCGUGCUAUGAAAUUACGAAAUCAAGCUUUGAAUGAUACAAAUGAUAAUAAAAAAUUAACAUCAGAUUCCCUAAAUACUUCUGUUGAAGAGAAUCGAAUUAUUCCAUUUUCAAUUGAAGACUUAAUACAAGCUCAACAAAAUGAUACUUAUGCAAAAAAUAUUCUGAACAAUAUCAAGAAACAUAAAGAAUAUAUUAUAGAAAAUGAUUGUUUAAUACGUCGAUUAAAUCCUCCAGUUCCAUAUGUACCACAAGGUGAACUUCGUCGAACCAUAUUAAAAAUUUAUCAUGACACUGCAGCAAAUGGUGCACAUUUCGGACGAGAUAAAACAGUACACAAAAUUAAAACCCGUUAUUUUUGGCCCUCGAUGUACAAAGAUAUUAAUAAUUACAUUAAAUCCUGUAUUCCUUGUGCCCAAUACAAUCCUCGUCGACAAAAAGUUCCUGGUACAUUAAAACCGAUUAAACCCCCUGAUGGAGUAUGGCAGUUAGUCUCUAUGGACUUUCAUGGACCUAUUACCCCAACAUCACAACGUGGAAAUAAAUAUAUUAUAUCUCUUACUGAUGUUUUAUCGAAAUUCGUCGUCACAAAAGCUGUUCGCGAUAAUACUGCUCAGACAGCUGUUCGAUUUAUUAAAGAAGAUAUCAUUACCAAAUUCGGUACACCUCAUUGUAUACUUACGGAUAAUGGUACUCAUUUUACAUCGUCCUUAACAAAUGAAUUAUUUAAAUGUAUUGGCACAACACAUUUAUACUCGACACCGUAUCAUCCCCAAACUAACGGUCAAGUCGAACGAUAUAACUCAACAAUGGAUGCAAAAAUUGCAGCUCUUUCGAACUUACACAAAACCGAUUGGGAUGAACAAUUACCAUUCGUUACCUUCAAUUAUAACACGUCCAUUCAUUCCUCAACAAAACAAAUCCCAUUUCAAAUGAUGUAUGGUCGCACACCAGUGUUACCAUUUGAUUAUCAAGAAGAUAAUGUUACUUUAUCUUAUGAUUCGGAACAUGCGAACAAACUUAAUCAGUUUUUACAAAAAUUAAAUGAACAAGCCAAAAUUCACAUUUUAAAAAAUCAAGAACGAUAUAAACGGUAUUAUGAUACGCAUCGUUCUAAUCCAUCGUACAAAAUUGGUGAUCUUGUUCUCGUUAAAACACUCAACAUCCGUUAUAAAUUUGACAUUCGAUAUGAAGGACCAUUCCGCAUUAUUAAACAAAUUACCGAAAAAACAUUUAUCGUCCAACACAUCAAGAAACCAACAUUACAUCGUCAAGUCACCACUGAUGUGUUAUUUCCGAUUUUCGAACGAAUUCAAUAA